CUUGAACUCGUUCGUCAAAAAGAGAUGAGCGUGGAAACAAUCUCUCGCGGCGUCGGCGCUUCGGACCACAUCGUGCACGACUCUCAACAGCUGACAGCGCACCUGCCGACGGCGGAGACCCAUGCGACAUUGUACAAGAGCAUGGUGUCGGGGGCGGUAGCCGGCAUGGUGACCGAUUCCGUGCUGUUGCCAUUCGACACUGUCAACCUACGCAUCAAGGUGCAGAUGGUGCAGCCGCACAAGUACACGGGCAUCGCCCAUGCGUGGAAGACCAUUCUUCGUGAGGAGGGCGUGGCCGGUUUCUUUGGUGGCCUGGGCACAACCCUCAAGAUGGCACCAAUCAAUACGGCAGUGUACUACACAGCAUACGAGUUUGCCAAGACAACGAUUGCAUCCCGUGUGUCCAAGGAGCACGAGCCCGUCGCGUUCUUCGCAGCUGGAGCCUUCAGCGAGCUGUGCAGCUCCAUCACGAACGUGCCGACAGAAGUACUCAAGGCCCGGAUGCAGCUCGGUCGCAAUCCGAACAAUGCGUCUGGUGGAUGGAUGAAGGAGACUACAAACUACCGUGGCACGGUGGACGCUGUGCGUUCCAUUGUUCGGACCGAAGGACUCCGUGGGUUGUACUCUGGUUAUGGCGCAUGCCUCGCCGUCGAUGCGUCCUACUCAGGAUUUGCCUUUUUGUUUUAUGAAAUGCUCAAGCAGUACCAUCGGUAUGACCAAUGCUUGUUCGUGUCCUGCAAGUGUUGUCGGCGUUCACCCUGGUGUAGGGACACCUUCGAACGAUCUCCCUCCCCCGCGGAAACAACCUGCAUUGGCGGGAUUGCGGGUGGCGCGGCCGCAUUCCUGACAAACCCUCUCGAUAUUAUCACACUCCGCCUUAUGACCCAAGGCAACUCAAACCGGUAUCGCGGCUUGGUCCAUUGCUUGCACAAGUCGCUAGCUGAAGAAGGCAUUUCGAUCGUCUGGAAAGGAUCGGCGUGUCGAAUGAUGAGCGUUAUUCCUGGCACGGGCAUCUCCUUUGGCGUGUACGAAACAGUCAAGGCCAUGCUGAUAGAGGAAGGCGAAGACUUUUAAACCAUACUAACUUAUGAACCACCACCGGGUGUUGUCUCCAAGUGCC